AUGCCUUACACACCGCCGGCUCAAUCGCCUGCGUCGUCAAAGUCAGGCAGCCCGAUUGUCAGCCGAACAUCGUCCUAUCAUCAGGACGAUGUUCCCCGAUCACCGUCCACAAUGAGGCCGCAACCGCCGCGGUCCAUGUCAUCUGCAUCCUACCUGCACAAGCACCGAAGAUCACCGUCCAUUGGCAAGUCAGAAGCACCCCCAACGCCUACCGAUGCCGCCGAUUCCAAGGUGGACACCAACGACUUCGCGCAUCGUGGCAGUCUCAGACAGUCUCCGCCACCGGUUAACAACCUGCGAAUCCCAACGGGUGUCGUAAUAUCCCCACCGGACUCGUCCGAGAACUCAGAUGGCGACGAGGGCGGACGCGGAGAGCGCKGUCGAGAACUACAGAAGAAUUGGCAUCAGCUACAAGAGGCUGUGCGAUCACUGCCACAGCAGAGGGAACACUCUCCCGAGAAAGGAAGUGUUCAGAUCCCCAAAUCGGCGUCACUGCCCGUCUCUCAGACUACAUCACCCACCGCUCUCACACCGGAAGCUCGAAAGAUCUCCCAUUCUCGGUCGUCGACUGAGACUCGAAUCAUGCACAAGCCUUCCUUUGUCGAGUCCUCCUCCCACACUUCCGACGACAGCGAAGAGGACGAGGGAGGUCACUUCAAGCCAAGCCUGGUGCGGAAGAAGUCCGGUGAGCUGGUGAAGCCUGCGUUGAGGCCUUCGUCCAGGCGGCGUUAUUCGAGCAUGCCUGGUACGCCGACCUACUCCAAAUCGGUGCACUUCAACGACAGCGACAACCAGACAAGACACUUCCUUCAAGUCGACAAGCCCAUUGCAGUCAGUGCUGGGUCAUCACCUGUCGAGUCGUACGACAGCGAGUCAGAGUUCCCCUUCCACGAAGACAUGACCAAGCCGGAGCUUCAGAUCAAGGUUGCGAACCUAACGGACGAUGACUUCAGUCGAAAGACAAAGCCAAUUCGUGUCGAACGCAUCUUCUUGUCUGCAGACAGAAGCACUCUUGUCGGGGUCUGUGCCGCUCAGAACAUCUCAUUUCAGAAGCUGGUCGUGGCGCGCUUUACUCUCGACUAUUGGAAGACCACGUCGGAAGUCGUGGCAGAGUUCAACAACGAUCCGCGCAGCCAAGUCAACGAUGGAUGCGAUCGUUUCAUCUUUCACAUCAAGCUGUCAGACCAGGCCAACAUCGACAACAAGACGCUUCUUCUCUGCGUCCGCUACAACGUCGGUGGCCAAGAAUUCUGGGAUAACAAUGACAACACCAACUACCAGAUUGACUUCAGCAAGGGCGUGACUCGAGUUGCAGAGCCUACCCGACCCGUGCAAAGCAGCCCGUUGGGACAGCGGCCACUGAGUGCCAUUCCACGCAGUCGACACACUCCCCCAUCAUCACGUGGUGGUCGAUCCGAUUCCAUCGACGACGACUUUACCUCGCGCUUCGACACAACAUCUGCUUACUCCUUCGGCUCGGCAGCGAAGCUCCUCGACGACUCCUCAACGACUAUCAAGCUCAAGCCAAAGUCGAAGCGAGCGUCCCUUCUCACUGCUGCUCCCCCAUCGCAGCCUACCAAUGGGCUGGGCAGCCGUUACGACUUCGGCACCUCGCUGUCCGCUGCUUUGACCUCCGCUCAGGACCAUCUCGGCCGUCGGAGUGGUCUUGUGAAUGGCACCUUGGCAAAGCCGCAUUCCAACGGGAGUUACUUUGGCCCUGUCGACCGCGUCGAACCGGACAAGGUCGAUGCGAAGACCGAGCGACCUGAUGCCAUGACCACGGACAGACCCGCCAUGGGCUCCGAUCAGUACAGGGAUCUCGUCCAGAAGUUCUGCUACUUUACCUCUGGUUCUGGAAAGGGAACCACAUCACCACAGAACAACGGGACACCCCCCAGUCCUUCGCCUCAGCAUAAAUCAGCUACCAGUAUCGACGGUGCUGUUGAUGAUGAUGCACCUUCUUCGAGCUCAUCGUCAUCUGGCGCGUCUUCUCCUGUUCACGAGCUCGAAGCACCCUUCACCCCCGUUCGGAGCUCAUUCGUCUCUCGAUCCACGUCUCCUGCGUCGGCGACUGGGCAAAAUCUGAGUGCACGAUCGGCAUCCCCUAUCAGCUUUGGUUAUCCAUAUCACAGCCAUCGCGACGGGUAUCUAUCCGACACACCWAAUCCCACCGCAAUUCAUGGAUGA